AUGACCUUGGGGUAUGGGAAAACCACCGGCAGCUUCAAGAGUUUUAUCUGCUCUGCAUUAGACUCAAACUACUAUAAAUACAACCGCUUCGGCAGAAAGGGCACGGUUGUCAUCAAGAUUACCUCAAAAGCAUCCAGGAUGAAAUUCUUCCUCGCGGUCUUGCUCGUUGCUUGUGCUCAAGCCUUUUCAAUCAAAAACAUGAUUGAAAGAGAAGCUUUUGACCUGCUUAUCAGUCAAGCUACCAGUGAACUGGAGACAAUGGCCAUAAAAGAAGUGGAGAGCGCCCUCACCGACGAAGGACUUCACGUCACCUCAUUCGAACGCAGCGUCAUUCAUAAAGUGUCUACCAUGGUUGGCGAAACUAUCAAAAAGGAAAUGACCAAAAUAGUGUCAGAGGUCACCACCACCGGAGACUUCAAAGUUGCUGUGGCUGAAAAGAUCAUUGAGAAACUCCGUGAUGCUGCCACAAUGAUGGCUGAUGGACUUCACAUGGAUACUGAAACAACAGAGGCAUUUUUCCAUGAACUCAUGAAAGAUAUUGAAGCCUUGGAAAGUAAGAACAUUAAUGCAUUAUUACAUUUGUCGUAUUAGAUGUUCCUUAGCCAU